CCGGCCCCCCCUCCCCGCGAACGGGGGCGGGGGUGCCUGGUAUAUACGGCCCCGCCGCCCCCGCCCCUGCCUGCCUCCUGCAGUACGGGAGGCUGCGAGCCGCCGCCGCGCCGCGCCGGGCCGGGCCCCGGCAGGUGGGCGAGCCGUGCCGAGCCGGGGCUGCUGCGGGGUCUUCAACAUGGCUGGCACUGACACAGCUACCUUCCUGCAUGCGGCUCAGUGCAACGUCACUCGAUGGUGUAGAAGAUGGACGCAGAGGAGAAGGACAGAGCACAGAGGAGCCCAGGAGCAGGGAGCCUGGCCAGGGGCCCCCUCAGGUGCUGUGCAGCAGCUGGUGUUGUGAAUCAGGCCGUCACCAGUCGGAGAACGGCUACUUCACAACACCAGGGUCGCACCGCACCACGCUUCGACCGCGGCUGGACAAGAGCAGCUUUCCUGUGGGCAGGCAAGGGACGUGGAGCACCUCCUGGCUGCUUCCACGCGAGCCCAGACCUGCAAAGGUAAUCAGGUGCUCAACUCCUAUUUAGGCACCAGCCUCCCACUGAAGUCUGAAAUAGAAGUUAGGCCCCUAAAUAUCUCUGUGGGUCUGGCCCCGAAACCCUGCGUCGCUGUGCAGUGCAGAGCUUCAGCAGGCACAGGGCAGCACUGUCAGCAGCAUGGUCACUGCCUGUUCGCAUGCCAUAUGAAAAUAAGCUUUUAUUAAGCUGUGGAAAACAGUAAAAAACUCCUCUGCAUGCUCCACAUGUGAUUCUCCCUGACAGUUGCAUCUGUGGUCCUUGCCUGUGACUUGUUCUGAUCCCUUCCCUACCUCGACACCCAACCGCGUCGUCUUUGUAAAAGGUCAUGGACGUACCAGGAAAAAAUGGGCUCCUUGCUAUUGAUACUGCACCUGGUCAGUCUCUGCCAACGUGCCUCUAUCUAAACCAGCCCUAGGUGUGUUGCGAUGAAUGAAAAAAUAAACGGUGGCAUCAGCCAGAAGUGGUACCAACAACUGCAGUCCUUAAAAUAAAGAAAAUGUUGCUAAAGCAGUGCCUCACAAAUUCUUAGGUGUAGAGGGACAGUGAGCACACUCAAACCAAGUGACCCGCAUGUAACAUGUGCCAUGCAUUUCAGAUUUUAAAAACAGGCUCUUCUCUGUCUCCUCCUUUGUACCACACCACCAGUGUGAUGCUAGUUUGAGAGGAGUGGGUUACAGAAAAGUGCUUUCCAUCCAAAUCUGGAUCAUGUACAUGGAGGGUGGCACACACCUGAUGGCUGGGGUAUACAAUCCCUUAAGUCAAACUGAAAUGCUGUUCAGUUUUGAUCUCAGAAAGCAGGCACGUGGUCUUGGUCUCAGGAUGGGGUUUUCUUUGGUGGGUUUUCCUUCUUCCCACCCCUCAGGAUGGCUCUGUGUUCUCAGGUGUGUCUGGUUGUUCCCUUGUAUGAUACAAACCACUAGAUAUGUCUAAAGCAAAGAGUGGAGAAGUGCAGAGAGAAAUAAUUCAGGUAACAUAGAACCAGUGACAGUUUUUGUGAAAGUUUUCUUCAUUAUCCUAACUCACCUGAUGAUGGCUGUAAAAAUUAUUUAAAUUCCAUCCUGGAUGUAUUGUUGCUGGUAGGGAGAUAGAUGCAGGGGAGAGUCAGGAUAUGCACAAGAUCUGAAAUAGUAUGGGACAGCCUGGAAAUGCAAAUGAAAGAUAACAAUUGUGGUUUCACUCGACCCAUCUAAUCUUUCUGUUCAGGUGGACUCCCUGCACAAGUAGCCCUGAACUCCUUUUAUAGCAAAAAGUCAAAUACCUUGAACAAUGGGAGAGGUGUAUGGGAGGCUCAUUCGUAUGUUAGGAAGGCAACCUGUGGGUUUUUGGCAUUGAUGGAAAGAAAAACUAGAUCAUGUUUCUCGUUCAUGCACUAUGAAUGUGUGAAUCCAACAUGCAAGAACACUGUUUUAUUAAACUUGUUCUCUGCUAACACAAA